AUGGCCACCACUGCGAGCUCGGCCAAGCCCAAGGACGUGGCGCCGUUCCUCAAGAGCCUGCGCCAGAUCCUGGACACGGAGGACCCGCGCAUCCUGCGCUGGACGCCCGACGGCAAGGCCUUCGAGAUCCACGACAUGGCCGCCAUGAUGCAGCUCGUGCUGCCCAAGUACUUCAAGCACUCCAAGUACACGUCCUUCCAGCGGCAGCUCAACUACUUCAACUUCCGCAAGUGGACCAAGUCCAAGGCCGUCGUGUGCACGUUCUCCAACCCCUUCUUCCAGCGCGACGAGCCCGCGCUGUCGUGGCGCAUCACGCGCAAGAAGUCGCUGCACUCGGCCGACGGCAAGAAGCCCGAGAGCCCCGCCAAGAAGUCGCCGCCCAAGGCCAAGAAGGCCACGCCCAAGCCCAAGCUCAUCGUCAUCAAGCUGCCAGCGGGCGAGGCCAGCAGCCCGGCGUCCUUCCCGUCCCCCACGGACGCGAUCUCGCUGGCCAGCGCGCUGGAUCUGAGCAGCGUGUACGGCGAGGUGGCGGAGAUCCGCUUCCACGAACCGUCGAGUGAGGCCGCGCUGGCGGCGGACGACGCGUCCCUGGACUGGGUCGACGCGCUGUACUCGUCGCUCGAGCCGCUGCUGGACAACGCGGCGUACCCUUCCUUCCACGACCACGCGUUCGACUACGCCCAGCUCUGACCCUGCGUCUGAGGAUAGCCCAGUUUUGAGUUGGUGCCGUGCGCGUGUCAAGUGAGACUAUUUUAUUCGAGGUGAAUGUAUGUAGCGAGCCAAUACAGCCUCCAGCCCCCCUUUUGUACUGUAGCUGGGCCAUUGCCGUUCGCU